AUGGGAAGGAAGAGAAAGCGCAGUGAGAGUAGUGAACUUGUGGCACGGCCCAAAAAGGAAGAUGCUGCUCCAGAGAGACCAGCGAGGACCCUUUUGGGGUGGAAGGAUAAGAAUCAAGUUACUGAUGAAGUUGAGGACAGUAAUGUUCACUCGCCAAUAUUUAGGAACAAAGAGAAGGUUUUGGUCACUUGCUCUAGGCGCAUCAGUUACAGGUACCGGCAUUUGAUGUUGAACUUGGUCUCGCUUUUGCCUCAUUGCAAGAAGGACAACAAGGUUGAAUCAAAGGAAACUAAAGGCGCCACCCUUAACGAGCUUGUUGAGCUCAAAAAUUGUUCCUCUUGUUUAUUUUUUGAGUGCAGGAAGCAAAAGGAUCUUUAUCUCUGGAUGGGAAAAUGCCCCAAUGGCCCAUCUGUAAAAUUUUUAGUUAGUGCGGUGCAUACGAUGGAGGAAUUGAAGCUAACUGGAAAUCACCUAAAAGGUUCCCGUCCUCUUUUGACUUUUUCAUCAAAUUUUGAAAAAGAUGCACACUGGAAACUGUUAAAGGAGAUGUUGUUGCAGAUAUUUGAAAUACCAAAGGACCAUAGAAAGGCUAAGCCCUUCCAUGAUCAUGUUUUUGUUUUCUCAAUAGUUGAUGACCAUAUAUGGUUCCGGAAUUACCAGAUUUCUGUUCAUCAUAAUGAAUCAGACAAAUUACCAAGAGGAGGCCUUGAUAAAAUGACAUUGAUUGAGGUCGGUCCGCGAUUCUGCUUGAACCCAAUUAAAAUAUUUGGUGGCAGUUUUGGAGGCCCAACAUUAUAUCAGAAUCCAUUCUAUGUAUCUCCAAAUCAGAUUCGAGCGCUGGAGAAAAAGAAGAAGGCUGGAAAAUUUGCAAAGAAGGUCAAAGCAAAGACAAAGAGAAAAAUGCAUGAGAUGGCUAAUCCUCUGGAGCCUGAUGAGUUUGCAGAUAUGUGGAAAGAUUGA